AUGGCACCAGGCACUACCAUGACCAUACAUCUUGUCCCUGCGACUCCCAGCUCAAGCGCCAACAUCACCGCCGGCGCAACGUCCAGCAAGUGUCCAAAACCAACUGCGUCCACUGCAGCAAACUCUACGCCUACACCUCCAGCAACGAUUGCUGGAAGCGUCAUCGGCUCUAUGGCAGGUUUGGCCCUAAUCGUUAGUCUUCUCGUCUGGUGUUGCCGAAGGAAGCGAAAAAUAACCUUCAAGCGCAAAGUACAAAAGACUGAUCAUGAAGAGCAGUCGAAUGAGCUGCGGUCCGUCAAAGAAGAGAGAGACCAAGCUCUUCGGUGUCUUGAGCAAAACAAGACAUUUCCGAGCCCGCGUUCCUUCGACUUCGGCCUUCCUCAGGUACCCAAGAACUCGAGUCCUGUUAUGCCACAGCAGUGGAUAUGA